CGCGCCAAUUACAAACAAAACAGACAAGACGUUAACGUAAGCUACAGGCGGCAGGAGUAGGUUAACUUUAUAUCCAAGAGAGAAUGUAAACGUUUGAAAAAUAUAAUGGAGCCAGAGUUUGUCAAAGUUUCACCGACGGGAGACGCUUUAAUAAGAAAUUCCGACGAAAACGGUCCGUCAGGAGCCACAGAGGAGCCGGGAAACCCGUUCAACUUCACCCCGCAGCUCAUCCACCUGCACAAGGACCACGACCUGUUUGAGGAUGGGGACAUUCAGAGACACAUGUAUCUGCAAGACCUGUACAUCUCGGAGGUAGAAGACAAGCCAACACUCUGCGUGUCAGAGUUUGCCUGUCACAUCUCAGGCUGUAGUGCAGUCUUCAGUACGUUGGAGGAUUAUGAACACCACUACAACUCCCUGCACAGACACGUGUGCUGCACUUGCCGACGCUCCCUGCCAAGUGCGCGGCUCCUUGACAUCCACAUCCAGGAGUGGCAUGACUCUCUCUUCGCUAUCCUUUCCCAGAGGCAAGACAUGUACCAGUGUUUGGUGGAAGGCUGUGGACAGAUGUUCAGGACUAGUAAACAAAGGAAGGAUCAUCUAAUAAGAGUUCACAAGUACCCUCCAGACUUCAGAUUUGACAAAACCAAAAAGGACAGAGGAAUCAAAGACAUGAAGAGACAGCAGCAGCAGAAGGACGCAGCCAUGGAGGUGGUGGACGAUGUUUGUGAGUCAGAGGGUGUGUGUGAGGUUAUGUGUAAUGUGCUCUCUGACCAACUUGACCACGGGGAAUCCAUGGAGACACAUGAGUCUGAGGAAGAAGUUGCUAAAAUGUCAAAGUCUGCCUCUAAGGAGGACCUUUCUGCUGCUGCUCAGGACACAGAUUCUGCGAAAAAUGCAACGCCAAGACCACAAUACUCCUACAGAAUCCCUACCAAUGUGUGCUUUGGUCACGGCUCCGUCCGAGGCUUCAGAGGACGGCGGGGGAGAAGAAAAUGAAACUUAUCUACCGAUCUAUAACUUUAUACACUUUUAACGUAAUAUAUUCACUCUCCCAUUUUCAACUAAAAUAAAAGUAUUUUUUGUAAA